GUUAAAGUAGAUUCACGUCGCCAUGGCAAGCCGAAAAACUUCUCAUCCAAGCCGAGACAGUGGAGACAAAUAUUCAGUCUUAUUACCUACCUACAACGAAAGGGAAAACCUGCCUCUGAUAGUGUGGCUUUUGGUGAAAUACUUCGGUGAAAGUGGAUAUAAUUACGAGAUAAUCGUCAUUGACGACGGAAGCCCAGAUGGCACACUGGAGGUGGCAGAGCAGUUGCAGAAAAUCUAUGGAGAGGACAAGAUACUUCUACGACCUAGAGCAAAAAAAUUAGGCCUAGGCACUGCCUACAUCCACGGCAUGAAGCACGCAACUGGGAACUUCAUCAUCAUCAUGGAUGCAGAUCUUUCCCACCAUCCCAAAUUUAUCCCAGAAUUUAUCGAAAAGCAGAAGGAGGGUGAUUAUGACCUGGUGUCUGGUACUCGAUACCGCGGCAACGGAGGCGUGUAUGGCUGGGACUUGCGCAGGAAACUCAUCAGCCGGGGAGCCAACUUUUUGACUCAAGUGUUGUUGAGACCCGGUGCUUCAGACCUCACAGGCAGCUUCAGGCUGUACAAGAAGAAGGUGUUGGAGAAUCUAGUUGAGCGGUGUGUGUCCAAAGGGUACGUCUUUCAGAUGGAGAUGAUCGUCCGCGCCAGACAGCUCAACUACACAGUCGGAGAGGUCCCCAUUUCCUUUGUGGAUCGAGUUUAUGGAGAGUCCAAACUGGGAGGGAAUGAGAUUGUGUCAUUCGUGAAAGGACUGCUCACACUCUUUGCCACCACAUGAUCAGUCACGUGCUCAGUAUGGACAUCCAAAAAUCAUAUAUUGUUCCUCUAAAGUCACUGUCUCACAUACUGUACUGUAGUUAUAUCAGGAUUGUAAUGCGAGGGGGGGCGCUCCACUUGCCUACAGUUAGACAGUAACAUGACAGCCUAUGACAAGGGAGACAUCCCCUGUUGGCAAUAAAUAUAAAAUCCCUGUCUUUAGCUGUCCAGAAUACUCAAGGAACCUAGUGCUUUACAUUCCCAUCAUCCUCUUUAAUGAAUUGUGAGCAAAGCACAUGGUGUCUCAUCAUUCCCAAUCCAGACAGCUGACUGAACUCUGCAUUAACACAGUGAUGAGAAGGGUUUACAGUGAUCUGCUACACCUGUGAUUGUUUGUAUAAAAUUAAACAGUUUGUAUUGUUG